CGGCGUCCGCUCCCCACCCCGCCGCCCCUGCACAGCUGCUCGCCAGCUCCCGCCGCCCCUAGCUCCUACCCCUACCGCCAGCAACUCCCGCCGCUGUCCAGCUCCCGGACGCGCGCGGCCGCGGCGGCAGCGCGCGGCAGCGGCGGAGCGCACGGCCGCGGAGGCAGGGCGACGGCGGCAGCGCGCGGCCGCGUGAGGACGAGGCGUCUCGGAUCGAAGACGACGGCGGCCGGCGGGCGCGCGACGACGACGGUGGCUGGUGGGCGCGACACAGCGGCGGUAGCUUCCCCACGGCGACGGCAGCUCUCACCCGUUUAACCCUCCCUUCUCCCCUCGACCUGUCGUCGUCUCGUCGACCACCCCUCCGGCUCUCCCACCAUCCCGCGAUCUACCGGCCGCCGCUGCCAUGGCUUUCGCCGCGCGGAGGAGGGUUGCCACCAGCCUCUCCGACCACUUCUCCCGACACCUCUGCCCCUCCAUCUCGCACCUCAUCCCGCCCCACCACGACCGCUCCGAGAGCCCCUCCUCGGCCGCCCCACCUUCACCUCAAUCACCACCCGCAAAGCCGUUCCCCUCCUCCCUUGCUCGGCCGUCGAGAUCCCGAGCCCUUACCAGCCUCCACCUCCCCCUUCCCUUCGCACUCCACCUCGCGGCGCACCGUAACCUCUCCACGACCUCCUCCGCAUCAGCACCAGACGUCGAUGUCGCGGCACGCAUGCUCACCGAAGCCGCCUCCUCGGUCCCGGUGUCGGAGCUGCUCUCGGACGAAGUGGUUUCUGCCGCAGCCUCCGUACCCGUGACUCCAGCGCCGUACGCGGGGGAGGUGGCUGCCGCAGCAGCCGAAUCAUUUCCCCCAGUCGCCGCCCUGCAAUACCUCCUGGACGCCGUGCAGUCCUUCACUGGCCUCAACUGGUGGGCUACAAUUGCGCUGACAACACUGCUGAUCCGGUUACUGACAGUCCCAUUGCUCAUCAACCAGAUGAAGUCCACGAUGAAGUUAAAUGACUUGAGACCAGAAAUUGAAGCCAUCAAUGAAGAGAUGCGAAAUUCAACUGAUCCAAGAUCAAUGGAAGUGGGGAAACAGAAAUUGGGCGAGCUAUUCAUUAGACAUGAUGUGACUCCAUUUACGCCAUUGAAGGGUCUAUUCAUACAGGGGCCCAUAUUCAUGAGCUUUUUCUUUGCUAUAUCUAACAUGGUUGAGAAAGUCCCUUCUCUUAAAGGUGGCGGAGCAUAUUGGUUUACUGAUUUGACAAUUCCUGAUGAUCUUCUCAUCCUCCCAGUGUUAACAUCACUGUCAUUUUUGGCUACUGUAGAGCUCAAUAUGCAAGAUGGCAUGGAAGGAAAUCCUAUGGUAGAAUCAAUGAAAAAGUUAUCCAGAUUUUUGGGGGUUAUGGUUGUUCCAUUUACAAUAGGCUUUCCAAAGGCCAUUUUUUUUUACUGGGUCACAUCGAACUUGUUCUCGCUUGUAUAUGGUGUUGUUAUCCGGAAACCAGCCAUAAGGGUAUGGUUGGAUCUUCCUCCCUUGGAAUCUCAGCCCACACCUGCACGAAUGCAAGCCUUAAGCCUCUUUGGUGGACCCAAGCCAAGUCCUGGAGUUUAUUCUCCUAUCGCAGACAAGGAGUGCGAGCAAUCUGGAGUUGGUUCUCCUAUUGCAGACAAGGAGUGCGAGCAAUCUGGAGUUGGUUCUCCUAUUGCAGACAAGGAGUGCGAGCAAUCUGGAGUUGAUUCUCCUAUUGCAGACAAGGAGUGCGAGCAAUCUAGCUCUGUGCUGAGUGAUCGUAUCAGAGAUCUUGAGAACAAGGCGAAAUCUAGAGGUGAAUCUCAAGAGUAGUUCCUGAUUUUUGUGCACGUGGAAGUAAAGAAGCACAGCUCCUUUUGGGUUUUGUAACUUCAUGGUGGGGGGAAGGACACCCAGUAUGUGUGGAUCGUAUUGAGGUUUGAUUUGGGAGAGGUGCCUGUUUUUCAGAUCAUGGGUCCAGUGUCAUUUCAGUGAAUAAAUUGGAGCAAUUGUAGCAUUUGUAAUUGUUUCAUAA